CCUGCAUAUGCGAUGUGCCAUCCAUCAUCAACCGCUAAAACACAAUGGGAACAGCGAAAAGUGCUUGGGUGAACCCCACUUGCUUGCCAUUGCUGUUCAUAACGAGUCCCUGCUGCUGCUGCUGUUGCAAUUUCCGGUCUGCUUCUGCACAGGGCAAGCUUCACCUUCCCCGUUUCCUUCCUUGCCCUUUUACCUCUCCCGCGUCCUGCGCUCCCAUGGCUUCAGCCUCGCCCGCUGCCGAUGGCGGCAUCCCCUGGCGUGGAGGGAUCCCACUGGAUUUGAGCCCCGUGUUGGCCGGUAUCUGGGAAAACAAGCUGGGCGUUCUCGUCCUUGCUCCUUCCGUUGCCUUUUUUCUAUGGCUUUUUGUCGCCUACCAGACGUCGCCCCUGAAGAAGUACCCCGGCCCCUUUCUGGCAGGAUGGACCAACCUCUGGCGGCUCUGGCAAGUCAUCUCGGGAGAGUAUGCGCCCCGGAUGAAGAAGCUGCAUGAGAAGUACGGGCCGGUCGUGCGGAUCGGGCCGAACCUGCUGGACCUGGACAUGCCGGACCUCUACCGCGUCAUCUACGGCACCGACGGCAAGUGGGUCAAGUCGGACUUCUACAAGAACAGCAGCUCCAUGAUCGACGGCAAGCAGGUCUUCCACAUGUUCUCUGAGGUCGACCCGACCCUGCAUGCCCAGAUCAAGCGGCCCGUGGUGCGGCACUACUCGGUGCCGGCCGUGCUAGCCAUGGAGCCGCUGAUGGACUCUGUGAUCACCGACUUCAUCACCACGCUGCGGAAGCGCUACGUCGAAACUAAGGAGACGUGCGAGUUUGGCGACUGGUUGGGCUACUACGCCUGGGACUUUCUGGGCAUGGUCACCUUCAGCUCGAAGUUCGGCUACAUGGAGAAGGGGUGCGACUUUGACGGCACGCUGGCCAUCGCCGACAAGUCGAUCGACUACUUGGGUCUCUGCGGCCAGAUGCCGUGGGCGGACUACUGGCUCGACAAGAACCCCAUCUACCCGAUCGGGCCCCCCAACAUCGGCAACGUCACCCGCAUCGCCAUCGAGAACCUGACCGCUCGUCUCAAGGGCGAGGACAAGAACUACACCGAAGGGAAGCCCGACUUCCUGCAGUACUUCAUCGAGUCCAAGUCUACCCACCCCGAUCUCGUGAACGACCAAAGUGUCAUCGGCUAUCUCCUCCUCAACCUCAUCGCCGGCGCGGACACAACCGCCAUCACAAUGCGCGCUCUGUUCUACCACACACUCAAAUCCCCGCGCAUCUUCGCGAAGCUGCAGUCCGAAGUACGCGCCGCCUUCCCACGACCCUUCGAGCCCGCGCCGCACUCCAAGGCGCGCGCCCUGCCCUACCUCGAGGCCGUCGUCAAGGAGACGCUGCGCUACCACCCGGCCGUGUCCAUGAUCAUGGAGCGCAUCGUGCCGGCCGAGGGGCUUACCUUACCGGACGGCAGCGUCGUGCCGGGCGGGCAGAUGGUCGGUAUGAAUCCUUAUAUUGUGGGCAGGAAUAAGGGGGUGUUUGGGGAGGAUGCGGACGAGUUUAAUCCCGAUCGGUGGCUGAGGAGGGAACAGGAGGGGGAGGAGGAGUAUAAGGAGCGCAUGCAGCGGUGGGGCCAGAGUAUCCUUGCCUUUGGUGGGGGUUAUCGCAUUUGUCUCGGGAGGAAUCUGAGCCAGAUGGAGGUGUACAAGGUCGUGCCGACGCUGUUGGCGAGUUUUGAUAUUGAGUUGGAGGAUCCCCAGGAGCAGUGGUGGACUUGCUCGAGGUGGUUUUAUCGGACUAAGGGGGUUGUUUGUAAGCUGCGGCCACGCAGUUCGUGAGGGCAGGCUGUGGUUUGGCUCAGUAAGAUAGGGCAGUUGGAUCAAAGAGGUACUACCUAGGGGCUUUCGGUUGGGAGCUGAGUUGUACAUACGUGGAUGGGAUACUUGCUUGAUACAGUCCAAAGGUGGGGAUAUCGAGUUGAAUAACGAUUUCCGAUGAGCGGGAGAACGCUCUUGACGGCACCGUAUUCCUCCGUGAUGUUCCGCUUUGUGUCCUGGAUGCAUUCGGUGAUUGUUGUGGCAGCAU